AAAUUUACACAAGAUCAGUUUGACGAAAAUUGGAAUGACGAGUCAGACGAUGAUCUACAUAGUCAACCCAUGAACAAACUGGCCAAGUCGUGUUUUUCAAAAAUACUGGAGCCCUCGAUUAAGUGUAUGGCUAAAAGUAUGACCAAGUGGCAAGUAACAGCGGCAGAGAUACGCUUGGUACAUAAUACUCGGCCCGUGUAUUGCUUUAUUUGGCAAAUGACCGGCUGCAUGACCAGCAAUAACAAGGAUCAUUGCACUAAAGAUGAACGCUCGGCUUUCCUGAUGCACAUGAGUCUAGAGACCGAACGCCGAAACUUAAAAAACUGUACACAAUAUCCGUAUGACAGCAACGAUUGCGCCGCCGGUCCGGCGCCCCCUGGGCUUCAAAACGCCGGCAACUAUUACAGCGACGUUAUGUAUAGGCGUAACCAUAGACUGGCCAACGAUAAUAAGCUUAAACCUGACCUCAAAGAGUCGGACCUACCGGCCGACGAGCCGGCACAGAAGCCCCGGGUUGUGGUCGAGGAGGACCCGGACGACGAUGACGAGGGUCAGGAGCGAGAAACUGACCAAGAGGUUGAUGUUGUGGAAAUAGAUGACGGUAAAGAUCAGCACGAUGCCCUUGAUGAAUUAACAUUGACCCAGAGAUUAUUGGACAGAGUAGAUAGGAUUACAGUAAAUCAGUAUAUUAUUGAUUUGCACCCGGUUGGUAAAAAGCAUGGCGGUCACUAUAAACAUCAUGGUCACAAGCAUCACCAUGAUAAUCCGCGUAACGCCGUUUACAAACAUGAGAAACAUCAACCAUCGGUGAUUAUUGAACAGGUCAAUGAUCAUGAUUUAGAUGAUCACGUGUAAAACGGUUAAUUUUAUCUAAGUGCAAUUACAAUAUUAUAUGUACCA